UCUUGGCAGGGCUUGUCAACCGUCUAGCAGCAAUGACAACUCAUUCUCGCGCGCUUUUUAUUUGCGCUUAGCGGCGUACGUCUCGCAGGAAUAUUUCGCUGUUACAUUGCUUCUUGCGUACAACAUACGGCCAUGAUCAGGACUGACGAAGAAGUGCAAGCGUUUCUGGAGCGCGCCAAGUUGGAUCGGAGCGACCUGCAGCCCGUCGCUCAACCGAUUUGGUUUGCGCAAGAAAAUCGGAGCGCACUCCGGCUGUUGGAGGUCGACAAGGAACUGCUCAAGACAAUACGGGAAGGCGAGAGGCUAGUUUUUCGUGGUGAAGAGGACUCUCCUGCAGUCGUGUGCACCGGUGACCGCACCUUCGAAGUCCGCGAGGCGGACAUAUCCAACUCACUCCUGCUGGUACCAACGCUUCGGCUGUCAUCUGAGGCGGUCGGAAACGCCGACUCAACUUCUGAAGCUUGCACAUGCCAGGUCCUCCAGACGUUCCACAGCUACCUGGAGCUCCGCCAGUGCUUCCCCCGACUGAAAAAGCUGCUGGAACUACUUCGCCAGAGUCCGUACAAAGGCGCAGAACUUGAGUCCGUUGUCAAUGACAAUGAAGCCACGCCUAAGUAUACACUUGGGAACAUACUGGAAAGAGUGCAGGCAAGCGAAGUUGAAAUCAGGCAGGCCAUUGAGGAGCUGCCAGUGGUCGAAAUCGAUGGCUUCUACAGGCUUCUCGAUGGCGAGUAUUACUACCGAGUGCAGAAUUUCAUCAUCAACUACAUCGAGUCAGAGUCCAUACAACUGGACAAGAUACCUGCUGGUGAUGUUGUCGACAAGAUCUCGGAGUUGGAACCACGGGAGAUUGUUGCAGAAGUGUUUCGGAGAUGCACCACUCCGAACAGUGGAGAUGAGUUCUACACCCUAAAUGGUGACGUCGUCUGCAAAGCAACAGCUGAUGUGCUCCUCCGAAGUGUGGAAAAGUUCAACCUCAGUGAAUUCCUUGAGGUGUGGCAGAACAGUGUUCCAGAAGGCGUGCAGACGGAUAUCAAGCAGUUAGAGGGGCUAGCCCUAACAGACCGGACAUCCACACCUGAGUGCAUCUACCUCUUUGACAAGUGGGAUCUGCCGGAUGAUGCGAAUGAACGGUUUGACACCCUUUUUAGGACAAAAGAACGAUGGACACUUGAUGAGAUAAAGCCAUACAUAGAAGAUCUCUGUGUUGGCCAGAAGGGGGAUGCGAAUUCACUCCUCAUGAAGCAUGCACGAGCAGCGAUGAGAAAUGGUGUGCGGACCUACACUUCAAAGCGCCCCAUUAGAUAACAUGCUGCACCUUAGUGCUCAACCAGUUGGCAUGCGAGUUUUGGAAAGAAGAAAAAGUCUCCACAUUUCAGUGUUUGAGAUUCAAAAUCCUGAAGCUAUGGCUCUCGACCCUAUGGCUGCUAAGUAUUUUGAGCAAUGUAAAUAUAUUUACCAUGGUCCAAAGUGUACUUGAUAUGUGUUCUUUGUUAUUUCUUCUACCUGCUUCUUAUACGGCUGAUGUCACCAUGUGCAUCAGCCAUUCCUUACUCCUGUUGUGCUGCAAUAACCUGCUGUUUUACUGCAGCCUAUUGUUUUCCUAGUAGUAUCCAACCGAGAUGGUACUACGAGGCCUGCACAAAGUGGAAUGUCUGUGUGCAAAAGCAGACGCGUGCCAGUGCACAUCUGACAAGAGAAGUUCAUAGUUUGAAUUAGUUUGAAUAACUGCAAUGCAAGUUUUUUGAAGUGAGCCAUCAUGUGCCUAGACAAUAAAAAAAAAUGCAGGUGCAGCGAAACGAAGCCUGUUUUACUGUACCAGCUGUUAUAUCGGCUCCCUGCUGCUUUCACAGAAACACUACGUUCUCACUGUAAAGAAUGGUUUUGAUAUUUUACUGAUAAUAGUUGCCACUAUGCAUAACACCGAUGGCAAACUGUUUACAAAAGACUACAGAAAAGAAGGCACCUCAGGCACUACUAAACCAGGGACUUUCGCCUCAAAAAGUGGAUGCUUCAAGCAACUGUACUUGAAGGACACGUCCAUGUGAGCACUAAGGCUGGUGUUGCUUCAUGAGCAAGCCAGUGGUCUUAAUGUAUGCCAUGGUGCACAAGAAGUGAAGCCAGUGGUGCGAAGUAAAAGAUGAGAUGAGAAGGGGAGGAAACAAAAACUAAGUUUCUAAAACAUUGCGUGAUGCUGCGAAUGAUUUCUGCAACUCGUACUGCCCAAAAUAGUAAGCAUUGCUGCAUGCAACAAUUUUACCGUAAGCUACUGCUGUUAGUGCUUCACACAAUGUACCGUAGACGGAGAGCUUUCAUUUGGGGAGGGGGGGGGGGGGGGCGAACAGCUUUCAAAAGCCCAUAUAUAUAUAUAUAUAUAUAUCGCACUUGAAGAACCUUCGUGCGACCUCGAAGAAUUGAGCGCUGAAGUGACGGCGUUAUAUGACUAUAUAAAAGACCUCAUAGUAAGAGACAGUUCAAUUUCACAGCCCGAGUCCUCUCGGUGGUGUAAUCUUCCUUGUGCAAUUGUCGCAUACUUGGUUAUCACUAAUACUGCUUCGCCUUUCCGGCGAAACUGCAGCCUCUCUUUCUUUUCUUUCUUUCUCUGUGAGUCCCGGUAUAAGCGCUGCUGCGCCUGACUCGUGUUCGUUCUGAUCUCGAGUGAAUUCAGCUUGGCCUUAUUUCGGCUACAAUUAUACAGUGUUCCCCAAUUAUCAUACACCAAGACUUCAAAAAAGAGCAGUUGCGUUACUCGAAGGAAACCUACUGCAUAUUGUUUCCAGUAAAGUGGAGUAGCCGUCGGUAAUUCUUUCGUCACUGAGAUUUAUUUAUUUAUUAUUUAUUUAUUCGCAGAAUACCUGUGUUGCCUUGAAGGAAUUAUCGCAGGGGGGACAGUUAGAGAAAGAUGUAUUAAAUCAUUCACAGAAAUAAGUAAAGAAUGUAUAAAUUAAGGUAACAUCAAGGUGGGAGCACACAAUAUGCGAACAUCUCCAACUGCAACAGAAAAUUAAAACAAAAUUAAGACAGUAAUGCAUUGUCACAAACACAGACAGGAAUAAAUAUUGUGAUUAUCAGAUAUUGAAACACAUUCCUCCGGUAACGAAUUCCAGUGCAUCACAGUUUGUGGAAGAAAGGAUUUGGCAAAACGGUGUGUAUUACAGCUGUAUUCUCGCACCUUCUUCAAGAUUUUAUUUGGUAAUUGCAAUUAAUUAUCUAACUCGAGAAGUAUUGUCGUAAUUUUCAAAGUGUCAAUGAGGCAUUUGUAGGCACCCAAAAUGACAUUUAACUGGGGUGUUUUCAGCGACGUACUAAUUGCGUACAAUUUUUUCUGAAUGGCAAAGGAACCUCGCGAAGUAUAAAAAAAAACACGCGAGUGCGCUCAUGGCCGCAUCAUAAAGCAGCGCCCUCAAAUAAGCUGUUUGAAAGCAACUGCGCUGCCUGUCGCAAGCCCAAAGAGGUAGCGCAUCACCUUGAUAAUGGUAGGGAAGGAGCACUAACAGCAGGUUUUGCUUUUCGCAGCUAUUCCUUCCUCUCAUUUCAACGUUACACUUAUUAUCAGUCUCUCAAGGCCAACUGAUAACAUUGAUAACAAAAGCCCUUUGAUAACGCGGCUGAAGCGCCACUCUGACUACGCACGAACUGCGAAAAGCAAGGAAAUAGGCAUGAAAUGUUUCAAAACCCCAGCAUUGCUUGCACCGCAUCGAAAGAGUGCAUGCGAACUAUAUUUUGUGCCAGAAACUUGCUUCGCACCAAAGCCAAAAUAAAGUUCUAUUUUUCAUAAAAGCAUAUACAUGCUGCAAAAACAAGUUUGUGUCAAAAAAUAAAAGCGAAAUAAACAGACCCGGAGGGAAGCGACCACAAGUAGAGAAAAGGUGAAACCGGUGCCUUCAAGAAUGCAAAUGUACCACUUCUAAAUAGGCCAAAUUGGCAAUCACGAUGACAGCACACACAAAAAAAGAAAACAUCAGAUUUCAGCAUGCCCUUAUUAUUAUUCGAGAAAUCUAGACGAUUUUACAGGUCCCUAUCUUCCAAGCAUUGGUGCUGAUUAAGGUGGUAUGGGUGAAAGGCCGUCAUUUAGAGUCCUCCAAACAGACGACUUGGAAAUUGGCGCCUGGGCGGCCACGUCCCGCACGCUAGCAUGGGGGUUUGAGGCCAUAAAUGCUAGAUCAUCCGUGCUCAGGCUAGGACUCUAAGAUGGAGUCCUACGCCGCUAUUUCUUGAAGCUGCCGGUUUGUCUCAGGUUUUCAUAAUUUCUUAUGAUAGUUGAUGCGUUUGGUCUACUGCCACAAUUCCAUGACUGAUAUAUAUAUUGGCGGCCUUUCUGUUGUUGCCAUUUGCAGAUCCCAAGGCAAAGAUCAUGUUUACGUUCUGCUCAUUAGAGCAAGACAUGGCGACUGGGACAAAACAAAAUGCAACUUUGAAUCUUGGCACUGACGUGGUCAAUUCGCUUUUGUGAUGAUAGGUUUUGUGGAAAAAAGAAAAGUAGCAUCUGUGCACUUUAUCUAUGCUGAGACAACAGCUAUCACACCUUGUUUCCAACUAACACCAAACGCGACGUGUUACUUAGGCCUAGGCGCGGCAGAUAAGGCACUAACUCAAUCACAAUUUUUUUUUUUAUUUCCUUUAUUUCGUUCUCGCUAACUAAGAGGGAGCCUGUUCGAGGGCGCUGCUUUAUGAUCCGGGUGGGAGUGCAGUCACGUGGUAUUCUCAAAAAAAUUUUUACACAAUUAGUACAUCGCUGAAAAUACCGCAGUUAGAUGUCUCUUGGCUGUGCCUUCAAAUGCCUCAUUGACACUUUGAUAAUCAGGAUAGUAUGUCUUGAGUUAGAUAAUUAAUUAUAAUUACCUAAUAAAAUCUAAGUAACGAAAAAUUACUAGCAGCUACUCCACUGUACUGUAAACAAUAUGCACUAGGUUUUCUUCGACUAACGCAUUGCUCUAUUUUUUAAAUCUUGGUGCCCGAUAGUUAUUUGGGACACCCUGCAUAUAUUUACCACCUUUGCAUGCAAGUGACGAUGUUUCCAUUGAUAACAAAUGUUGCAAAUUAGUAGCAAUAUUUUUUAUGAGUCAUUAGCAUUGUUUACUGGAAAGUGAAGGGAUACUGAGACACACAACAUUCAUGUGCAUUUCACACACCAUUGUUAAGACUCUGCCGAAGGGGCCACUGAAGUCUAUAUUUUUUUUCCAUGGUCAAUAAAGCAUGCAAAGCAAUUUGAAGCGUGGUGAACAUACAGCAACAUUGCUGUAUGUUCAACAUUGCUGUUGAAAGUUUGCGCUUGGUGUGUAGUCUUCUCUCACGUCCGUGUCGUUUUUUUAUGUCGCGCAAUAUCAUUUAAGCAAUGGAUUACCAACUUGCCCGGAAUGCUGCUCUUAUUAAAUACAGCAACAUAUUCAUUCUCUAGGCAUAGGCUAUCCAUACUUUCAGAAAUAAUUAUUAUUAGCUACUUCCAUCUCUUUCAAAAAUAUAAUAAACUUUGUCUUGUGUGUUUGUUUAAAUAUGUUGUGUAUGUGCAUGGUGUUUACAGCCUAAACUUAAAACAAAAUGAAGUGAAAAAAUAGGGAUGAGGCAGCCCCCGCUAAGUACUUCUAAUCGCAUGUCCUCCUAUUGUGAGGAUUUGCAUAAAUAAAGUGAAAGUAUGAAUUAAAAGCCAUGCAUGUUCGCACCAACAAUGAUGCAGUAAGCUAUUAGCCCCAGUAAAAUUUCAAGUGAAAAGGUCGAGGAAAGGUAAUAGAAACCUCAAAUGAUGUGGGUGAUAAAGCUCAGGUAAUGGCACUUUAGGUGUGUGUGUCGGGGGAAGGGGGGGGGGGGGCUUCGGCAUCACCCCUCAGACCCCCCCGAAGUACUCCGGAGGAGGCUCGAGACCCAGGGCCCCCCCGUAGUCGGCGCUUAUGCAAUGUACAGUCGAGAGCAACAGUUUGGGGACCAGAGCUGCCACUAAAAAAAUUUUUUUUUUCUUCGCAGCCUAGGCAUGAAGGCUGAAAUCAAGUGGUACAUGCCUACGUUUUCCUGUUUGACCAGUGUCAUGCAGCAAUACAAUUUCACAGACGUGCUAGAGGAAAUUAAGUUUUUUUUUGUUGAUGCCAUGGUCUCUAGACUUUUGCUCUCAACUGCACACUUGAACUGGAAUACAUAUGUGCAAGAUAUUGUGGAGUAAAAAACAAGUUUGAACUAUAAGGGCUAAUAAACGACACUACAAGAAGUCAGUUGCACAGGGCAAAGGCCAAGUUCAAAUUAGUUUUUUCUGUGCCAGCCUAACUAUUGGGCUGCUCCUUGGCACCUUCCUUUUCCUUAAUAUUCUUUCAGAUUAAGUAAAAGAAGCCAUACACUUCUGAAAGAAAUAUUUUUAAGGCUGAGGAUAGGGAUGUGCUUCUUACAUUUCAGAGAGAAAACAUUUAACUUUUAUUUUGAAAGCUUUGAAAGCUGCUUAAACACGAGUUUUGCUAAACACUUGUACCCUAUUCAUUUACUAUCUUCAGAUUAUACUGUACUUGUUCAAACAAUGCACAUGCUGAUGUGCAGUGUGACAAUACCAGCAUUUGGGCGCUAGUACAACUAAGUGCAAGCAAGAGGCACGGUCGCAUUUCACUUGUUCUAUGUUUGUAAAUUCUAUCAUUUUCAAAAGUGAUGGGAUUAAAAGCUCUGUUGACUUUUAACAUAAGGUAGUACAAACAAUCUAGGCAUCCAGUAAUGGCUGAAUCAAUGCAAGCUGACUGUAUGAGAGCAGCAGAAAUUUCAAGCAAUUUUAGUUGAUGCAUUGCAGCACUGUGGAUGCAAGUAAAAUAGAAAAACUAGGUGUAGCAAGCAUAAAGGGAUUGCAGAAAUACAGUAUAGCUGGGGCUGUAUAAUGCAAACUAUUCCAUUCCGGUUUUAUUUUAAUUUACUGACAUCAAAUUUACAUAACUACUGACGCAAGCAUUGGACGUUGACCCGCAGCUUUGUUUGAAUAAAUGUUCUGCUUGUUUAUGGGAGAUCGCUUUUGUUUGUUUUCAGAGCGAGUAGCACCAUCUACCUUGACAGGUUUUUCUUAUCUAAUAGGCUGGCAAGAGGCAAGGAGCACGCAGAAGUGGAGAAUGUUUCAGUGGAAGUAGAUAAACGGUGAGGGGAGUGGUGCUGGCUUUUGCGAUUAGUCUUCCCCUUGCUUAACUUGUGGUCACUGGUCAAAAAUCACAGUGGUGUGCAACGAAAGGUUAAACAUGCCGUUGAAACAGAUCCUCAGUGAAGAAGAGUUGGCAGAGCGAUGUCGUAAACGUGCUGAAACGGCUGGACCACAUUAGAGUGCUACGAAAAAAUUAUUAUACGCAAAUAAAUCCAUUUUCCAUUCUCCCCGGCAGCUCCGAGUAGCCAGUGCCAGAGUGAGUGGUGGGCAGACAUCUAUUCUUUUUGGAACGUAACAGCCUCCAGCUUUUCCGCAAAAAUUACACGUUUGUUCGACAUACUAAUGCAUCUUUAGUGUGUACAUGUCACUUUCUCGUGGAGAGUUUUUGCAAUUUUGUAAGGUCGUGUAACAGACUGGCAAAGUGGGUGCAGUGCAAAAAAUUUUAACCAAUAGCAGAGAGCUGUUGGCGAAAAUGGCAUAGAAUCGGAAACAACUUUUGCUCCUUUUGUUCGACCUAAUCACUCAGAUGGGCAGUUCUUGCAGUUUUCAUGAUGAUGCGCAAGAGACAGGCAAAAUAGGCAUGGCCAAAAUUUUUUUACCAAUUGUAGAUGGCUAAUGGCAGACAUGGAAUAAAAACAGUUUGGAAUAGCUUUAAGUUAUAGUGCCCCUGGUCUGGUGAUCACUCUCACUUUGUUUGCUGAUCACCAACUUCAGUCUAAAACUAGUGGGGACCAGACAUAGCAGAAACAAGUGAAUUUGCAUGGCUUGAAAAUAUUCCACGGCAGAUGCAGAUGCCAGUGACAAUAUAUGCAUAGCACAGGCAUCGGCAGCAUAGAGUUAGCUUUACUCUAGCAGCAUAACUAAGGCCGGCAAUGCUUCUAGCAUGUCGUGUUAUUGUGCUGAACUCUGCUUUUCUUGCCAAAAAGAAAUUCUGAUAUGUUUGCUGGAACAGAUUUCUAGUCCAUGAGCGAGAUCUUCAAACAAUCAACAUGAGCUUCUUCACAAGAUCAGAUAACAAGUGGUUUUCAGCAUGAAUAAGUGAAUUUGUCUUCACAGCUGCACCAUCUGUGGCAGCGACGGUGCAGCUGAGACGUUAGUGAAUAUUUCUGGUGGUUUUAAAAAUGAAGAAGGGAGCAGGACAGAAGCCGAGACAGCUCUUCAUGUGCUCCACACACAGAUACAUUAUGUUUACGAUGUUGCCAUUGGGUGCCCACAUGUCAUUUUACACUCUACUGAAGCUAUGAGCAGACUUGUUCCCAUGAAUUUGGUCCUUCCCUUCACAUCAUACUGUGACCUUGCAGAAAAACAAGUGGUAUUCAACAUUCCUGGAGACAUAACUACAUCUGCAGCUGGCAGCCCAAGAGAAAAUAAUGUGCUGACAUUUGACUCCGGAUUGUUGCCUGGUACCUCAACUCUAAGCCCAUCUGUUUCAAUUUGCAGGAGGCUGUGCAAGUAAAAAAGAAAGCACUUCACUAUCACAUUAAUGAUACAUGCAAGAUAUUAAUUUGUAUAGAAGGACCAUGACUCAAUUAGUCAAGCAAAGCUAUUGGUAAAGUGACCAUCGAUAGUAUUUUUAAACAAUUGAUAGUGUAACAAAAAACUAUUAAUAGUACUACUAUUAAUAUUACAAUAUUUUGCCAUGAAACUAUUGAUAGUAGUAUACUAUCUAUAUUGUGAUAGUUUUACAAUUUUUGGCUAGUGAUAUCACCAGAAAUUUUUGAUAACUGACUAUCAGUAAUGCUAAGUUCACACAAUUUGGAACAUUGAAAC